AUGGCAACCAAACGAAUUGCCCCUGGUCUGCUGCUGAUGCUGCUGAUGCUGUUCUGCGCGGCAAAUCACGUUCAGCUGGCACAAGCAGUCAAUGCAUGUGACCCUGGCGUGUGCGAUUGCUUGGGAACCAGUGUCGAUUGCAGUUAUCGAGCUCUCACAACCGUUCCUAGCGCAAUCCCUGUCACCACAACCCGCCUGUCUCUACAGGGCAACCUGAUCCCCAGCAUUGCUGCCGGCGCAUUUACAGGCCUAACUGCGCUGACAACCUUGCAUCUCUACGCCAACCAGCUCACGAGCAUUCCCGCUUAUAACUUCACAGUCCUGACUGCCCUGAAGGAUUUGCGACUCGAUAACAACCAAAUCACCAGUAUUUCGGCAAACGCAUUCGUAGGCCUGACUGCACUGACGCAGCUCCUUUUGUAUAACAACCAGAUCUCCAGCAUUCCGGCCUCUGCAUGGGCAGACCUGAAUACGCUGAUCAACUUAAGUCUGUAUCAAAACCGGAUCACCAGCAUUAACGACGCUUCACUGACAAGCCUCACUGCGCUGAAGACAUUAAUUCUGGACAACAACCAAAUCACCAGUGUUCCUGCUAACGCAUUCGCAGGCCUGACGUCGCUCACCUACUUGACCGUGCAAAGCAACCCGAUCACCAGCAUUUCCGCGGGCGCAUUCGCAAGCCUGAGCGCGCUGACUUGCCUAUAUCUGUCCUCCAACCAGCUCGUCAGUAUUCCCGCAGACGCAUUCACAGACCUCACUGCCCUGACUCUCCUAAAUCUGCGGGACAACCAGUUGACCAGCAUUUCUGCGAACGCAUUCACAGGUCUGGUUGCGCUGACACAGCUACAAUUGCCGGGCAACCAGAUCACUAGCAUUGCAGCAGACGCAUUCACAGGCUUGAAUGCGCUGAGUUUCUUGGAUCUAACCUCCAACCAGUUCAGCAGCAUUCCCUCCUCUGCACUCACAGGCCUGCCUGCGCUUAGUACCUUGAUUUUGUACACCAACAGCAUCACGAGCAUUCCUGCAAACGCAUUCGCAGGCAUGACUGCGCUGCAAGCCGUAGUUUUGUCCACAAACCAGAUCACCAGCAUUGCCGCCUCUGCAUUCACCGGCCUGACUGCGGUGACAUACUUGGUGUUGGAUGGCAAUCCUGUCACCACUUUGCCCCCGGGGCUGUUCCAGGGCUUGCCAAAUGGAUUGUAUUUAUCAGUUUCACAACAAUACAUGAGCCCCAACAACUUUACCUUUGGUGGGAAUACUGUCGCUCCGCCCAGCACCUAUGGCAGUGUCUCCGAACCAUACCCGUGUGAUACAGGCUGUGCCACCUGCUAUGCGGCUGGGUCUGGUGCGUGUUGUGCAACCAAUUGCCUGGCCUGCAAUUCAUCCGAUUCCUGCACUCAGUGCUACGACGGUUAUGUGUCGAUGGGCAGCGUCUGCAUCGCAUCAGCCGCGACCAAUGCGUCCGAUGCGUCCAUCGCGUCCACGCAGUCUGCUUCGGCGGCGUCGGCUAUGUCUCUGGUUUCCGCCGCUUCAGCGCUUUCGGCGUCCGCUGCUGCUGCAUCUUCGGCGUCACAGGCGUCCGCGUCAUUGGCUUCUGAUAUUUCCGCAACCUCGGCAUCAAUGGCCUCACUGGUAUCUGCAUCAGUUGCUGUUGCAUCCUCGGCUUCCAUUGCCUCACAGGCGUCCGCAUCAGCCGCCAGUGCUUCAUCCGCAUGGCAGACAUCGGCAGUAUCGGCGGCGUCCGAUGCUCCACACGAAUCAAGUGAUGCUUCUUCUUUGCCGAUUAUUCUUGGAGUCAUUUUUGGCGUGCUCGGCCUCCUCUUGUUGAUUGCACUGUUCGUAGCCCUUCGGCGCCGUCGCUCGCCAAACGCAUUGGCAACCACCAGCACAGCCACCAAACUGCGCGCAUCAACUUCCGGGUCUGAACUGGCUUACCAGUCUGCUGAGCAUAGCGACACUGCGGGAAUCCUUGAGAAUCCAACUUAUGAAGCUGUGUCCUCUCCUGGCAACCCCGUCUUGUACGAAGAUGUUGCCUCCUCAAGCCGCCUGGCGCCGGUGGGUUUGUCGGAACAGGUGUAUGCCGAAGCGUCUGCGUCUGCAUUCGGUACGGCCCAGGUUUCAGGAAGCGGCGUCGAGUAUGCCGAUACGCUGCUGCCCAACGCUUCGUCUGUGCGUGUGCCGUCCGCAAACGCGGCGACCACGUAUUCGGCGAUCGCUGUCGUGCCAUCCGAGCAGACCUACGUCGCGUCGUCUGCUGCUAGCUCCCAUGCCGUGUACGAGGAUGUUGGCUCAAGGCCCCGGGCUCCUGUUGGUUUAUCGGAACAGGUGUAUGCCGACGCAGCGGUGUCUGGAUCGGGUGUCCAGUACGCCAAUCCUUUGCUCCCUGAUCCCUCGUCUGUUCGCAUGCCAGCCGCGACCUCGCCAACCACUUACGCGACGGUCGCUGGUGUGCCUUCCACGCAGACGGGGAAUGUCGACUACGCGUCAAUUGCCAACUAGUAAACUGGC